AUGGCCAAUCCCAUUUAUCUCGGCGUUGUCGGUGUUGGCGGUGUUGGAAAUGCCUUCCUCGAGCAAUUGGGAAAAUUGCCCAAUGCGCCUCAGAUCGGUCUGCUGGCCCGCUCAUCGCAGUCACUGCUCGCGCCGACACCAGCAUAUUCACCUUGCAUUCCCGCCACGAAUUGGUCAGAUGCCGCAGCGACGCCAUCAUUAAUUAAAGCGAGCAUUCUUUCACCGGACGAGAUCGCGGCAUAUCUCGCAGCUGCCCCUGGUCGUGCGAUUCUCGUGGAUAACACGUCCGAUCUUGUUCUCGCACAGGCAUAUCCUGUAUUUCUCAAAAACGGAGUAUCUGUGGUAACAGCCAAUAAAAAAGGAUUCUCCUCGGAUAUAUCACUGUGGAAUGACAUCUUCGCAUCUGCAAACCAGGGAAAUGCAUAUGUGCACCAUCAGUGUACGGUUGGCGGGACCCUUCCGGUUCUCUCAACAUUGAGAGAUCUGAUCGCAACCGGAGAUGAGAUUACUCGAAUUGAAGGUGUUCUCUCUGGGACACUAUCCCUGCUCUUGGGGGAGUUCAUGCCUGCGUUUGGCACGCCCGAUGUGAAAUGGAGCUCUCUAGUUGCUCACGCUCGAGAGGCAGGCGAAACAGAACCCGACCCGCGGGAUGAUCUGAACGGUCUUGACUUUGCACGCAAAUUAACUAUCAUUGCCCGGGUCAUUGGUCUCGAGAUCUCUCGUCCGGAUGCAUUCCCGGUUGAAUCACUUAUACCCACCGAACUGGUCUCAUUGCAGUCCUCGUCUGAAGGAAUUGCCCAAUUCAUGAGGCAGUUGCCUGCUUAUGAUGACAGAAUGGAAAUUAUCAAAGAAGAUGCUCGGGAAAAGGGCAAGAUUCUGCGGUAUAUUGGCAGUAUCGAUGUGGCCACGAAAACUAUCAAAGUUGGGCUUCAGCAUGUGGAGAAGAACAGUCCUAUUGCCAAUCUCAAGGGCAGUCAGAUUGUUAGCAUACACACUAAGCGAUAUAGUGCUACACCUUUGAUUUUACAAGGAGGCGGAGGCGGAGGUGAGAUUACGGCAAUGGGUUUGAUGGCCGAUCUCCUCAAGGUGAUCGAGAAGUUGAGGUAA